AUGGCGUUAUCCAACACCCUUAAAAUACAUGAGGUUACCCAAGUUACUCUUUUCUCCGACUCAACCACCGAGUUUUCUCUCCCGCUAACAUUAUACGAUAUGUUUUGGUUAAAUUUUCCUCCUGUUGAGCGCCUUUACUUCUAUCAGAUCACUGACUUGACCCCUCAUUUCUUCUACUCAUUUAUCCUCCCAGACCUCAAGCACUCUCUUUCUCUCACUCUCCUCCAUUAUCUUCCUCUUGCCGGUAACCUUAUCUGGCCCCUAGAUGCCCCAAAGCCUUUCAUCUACUACUCCCCAAACGAUGGCGUUACGUUCACUGUUGCAGAAUCUACUGCCGACUUCAAUUCGCUUACUGAUAACGGAGUUCAUGAGGCUGUGGAGCUCCAUCCUUUGAUCCCUCAGUUGGUGACAUCUGAUGACAAAGCAGCGAUGAUCGCUAUACAAAUAACUUUGUUUCCGAAUCAAGGGUUCUCCAUCGCUAUAACAAGUCACCAUGCCAUACUUGAUGGGAAAAGCUCAACCAUGUUUAUCAAGUCUUGGGCUUGUUUAUGCAAACAAUUAGGUAAAGAUGGAGAGCCUUCUUUGUUACCAGAACUAACCCCGUAUUUUGACCGAACUGUCAUCAAAGAUCCCACUGGUAUUGACAUGGAGUAUGUGAACAACUGGUUCGCUUAUACCAACACACGAAGCUUGAAGGUUUUGCCAAACGUAGUGCAGAACACCGAUUGGGUUCGAGCCACAUUUGAGUUGACCCGUGAUGAUAUUCAGAAAAUAAGGAAUCGGGUAUUGCUUAUACUGAAUAAGGACAAUGAAAAAGAAGACAAACAACCACGGCAAGUUCAUUCAUCAACUUUUGUGCUUACAUUGGCAUAUGUGUUCGUCUGUUUGGUAAAAGCUAGAAGAGGGGCCGAUAACGGAAGGGUUGUUUUCGGGUUCACAGCAGAUUUAAGGACCCGUUUAGAGCCUCCAGUUCCGUUGAAUUAUGUUGGCAACUGCGUUAUGUCACAUUUUUACGCUGCAAAAGCAAGAGAUUUCACAGAAGAAAACGGAGUCGCCUUUGUCGCAAAGAAGUUAAGUGAUGUGAUAAAAGGAAUAGAGAGGGGAGAAUUUGAGGGGAAAAAAGAUGCACUUUCAGAAAUCUUGAGAUUGAUAAAAUCUCUGUCUGAAGGAGUGCAAGGCCUUGGGGUAGCAGGGUCGACCCAGUUUGACGUUUACGGGUCCGAUUUCAGGUGGGGGAGACCGAAGAAGGUAGAGAUUGUGUCCAUAGAUAAGAGUGGAGCUAUUGCUUUGACCAAGAGUAGAGACAAAAGCGGCGGUGUUGAGAUCGGUGUCGUUUUGAAGAAGCAAGAAAUGGAAGAUUUUGCUUCUCUGUUUGUUGACGGGCUAAAAGAUUGACCAAGACAAAUAAACAAUCAGCAUCUUUUUAUUGAAUUUUACUAUAUGCAUUUGUAUUUGUUUUCUUGAUUGCUCGAUAAAUUGCCCGUCAAGAAAAUAAUUAUAUAUUUCUAAAAUAAGAUGUUUGUAUUGUAAUUGGCCUCUUCUAUUUGUCAUCUCUCCGUUGUACUCAUG